UCUAACUUAAUCCUCAUGCAAAACAUCUAUAAAUAGAGAAACUCUAAGCUCUACUUCUUCAUCCACCACUCAAGCAGAGUUCUUCAUAAUUUGUUUUGCUAAGGAAAUGGCCAUCUCAAAAAGUUUCCUUCUUUUUAGCUUUACAUUAGCUAUUAUUGUUCUUAUUGCAUCUGAAGUCUCGGCUCAGGCCGGUCAAGCUCAGGAGCAUGCAAACACUGAUAAAGGAGACAUCAACGUCAUGCAAAAAGGACAUGCAAAGGGAAACCAAGGCGAUGAUGACCACAAAAAUAGAGGCGGAAAGAAAGGCGAUGAUGACGAUAAAAAGGGACUCGAUGACGGAAAGGAAGGCGAUGAUGACGAUAACAAGGAUGGCGAUGACGGAAAGAAAGGCGAUGAUGACGACAAAAAGAGAGGCGAUGACGGAAAGGAAGGCGAUGAUGACGACAAAAAGGGAGGCGAUGACGGAAAGGAAGGCGAUGAUGACGACAAAAAGGGAGACGAUGACAGAAAGGAAGACGAUGAUGACGACAAAAAGGGAGGCGAUGACGUAAAGGAAGGCGAUGAUGACCGCAAAAAGGAAGGCGAUGAUGACCGCAAAAAGGGAGGCGAUAACGGAAAGGAAGGUAAGUAUGGGCUCAAAAAGGGAGGCGAUGACGUAAAGGAAGGCGAUGAUGACCGCAAAAAGCGAGGCGAUGACGGAAAGAAAGGCGAUGAUGACCGCAAAAAGGGAGGCGAUAACGGAAAGGAAGGUAAGUAUGGUCUCAAAAAGGGAGGCGAGUUUGGCCACAGAAAGAAAGGCAAUUAUUAAUUUGAAAAUCGUAUUUCCGUGGGAAACUUGGCAGCAUGUUUUGAACCCCAAAUAAAAACAAGUGAAUGUAUAUAUAUGUAAUACUUAUGUCAAUAAGGGCUUUUAGAGGCUUACAUGUCCUCACAUGUGCAAGUUUCCUACAAAGGUUUGGUCACAAUGGUUGGAGAUUGAUCAUUCUAGUCUUUCAUUUAUGCCUGUUCCCAUGAAAUAAUAUUAUAAACUUUUCGAUUCAAAUAAACAGUUGUUGUCUUU